AUGAAACUUCAACGCAUUACAUCUGCAAUUUAUACAUGUACUAAUGCUGAACAAUGUCUAAGUUAUAUUGAUAAUAUUGACGAUAAAAAGGUAUUUAUAAUUGUAUCGGAUGAUUUGGGGGAAGAAAUUGUUCCCCUCAUACAUGAUAAACCGCAGCUCGACAGCAUUUAUAUAUUUAGCCAAGUAAAACGACAAAGAUUGCCUUGGGCAAAUAAAUGGUCAGAAAAAAUAAAACAAAUCUUGUUUGACAUGGAAGAUAUUUUCCAAAAUAUUAAAUUUGAUAGCGGCCUGGUUGGUAGCUUGACUUCAAUCAGUAUUAUACGCAGAAUAGACAUUCCAAGCUUAAUUGGAAAUGAACUAGAUCAAUCAUAUAUGUAUACGCAAUUACUCAAAGAGAUUCUACUUGAAAUGAAGCAUGAUCACAUAUCCAAAAAUAAGCUGGUUGAAUUUUGUCGAGAAAAAUAUAUUGACAACAUUCUUCAAUUGAGUUUAAUCGAUGAAUUCGAUCAAGAAUAUGAUAAUAAUUUAGCCAUUCAAUGGUAUACAAAAGAAUCAUUUCUUUAUGCAACGCUGAAUCGAGCUUUGCGGGAACAAGACAUUGAAACAAUCAUGAAAAUGGGCUUUUUUCUACAUGAUCUUCAUCAACAAAUUCUAGAUAUGCAUAAUGAGCAAUCGAAAACUCGUGAUCAUAAUAAAUUCAUUGUUUAUCGAGGACAAGGCAUGACACCUGGUGAAAUAGAAAAGAUACAAGCUAGUCAAGGUGGUCUUCUCUCUUUCAAUAAUUUCUUGUCGACGACUCUCGAUGAAAAAGUCUCAUUUCACUUUGCAGAGAAGGCAUACAAAAAUCCUAAUGUUAUCGCGGUUUUAUUUCAUAUGGAAAUUAAUCCGAAAAUCUCAUCGGUUCAAUUUGCUUUUAUAGACAAGCAAAGUACAUAUAAAUAUGAGAGUGAAAUUCUUUUCUCUAUGCAUACCGUUUUUCGAAUUAUGGGUUCACAAAAACUAGAAGAUCGAUUCUGGCAAGUUAAUUUAGCUCUGACCAGUGACAACGAUGAACAGCUUAGAAAUAUUGCCGAUUACAUGAGAAAAGAGCUUGGCAAAGGUACUUCAUUGGACAAACUAGGACAUCUAAUGCUUAAGAUGGGCGAACUUAGUCAAGCUGAAGAAAUAUAUGCACCACAACUUGAUUCAACUGAUGAAAANUAUAGAUUGUGA